AGUUCAGUGUGCCUGACCAAGACCCGUCCGUGGAGUGGCACUACAAGUUCCGUAGAUCUCCGCGAACGCAUCAUGUGACAACGAGUCCGUAGCGCUGUCCCUCAAGGAGGAUUUUAGGAUAAGUUAUAUAAUUAAUAGCACGAUGGAUUUGGUGGUGUGCAGGGACUGCUGAUUGGAGUACUCCUAAGCAAAAGUUUACCCGUAAAUGUGUUUUGGUCUACAAAAGUGUGGAUAAGGAGGGCAGAGGGCAGCUAUUGCCAAAUCUCCACGAACCUACGCAAUAUGCACUUUGAGGAUUCAAGCAACGUGACGCUGCUGUUUCACUUCUGGGAUGUGCACGGACCAGCAGGCAUGGUGCUGUCCGUCUUCCUGGUCCUCCUGCUCACCGUGUUCUACGAGCUGCUGAAGGUGUGGAAGAUCUGGCUGGGCGAGGGCCCCGUCUCGCCCCCUGCCCCGCCCCCUUCCUCCACGGAAUCCCUGGGGAGCAGCACCGCCCUGGGGAGCGGCCCCCACCUGGAGAGCAGCCCGUCAGAGUCCUCCCUGACCCCCCCGGACCGGGACCCCACCCACAAAAAAAGCUGGCUGAUGCACAUCCUGCAGACGUGCGUCCACGUCGUCCAGGUGACGCUAGGCUACCUGCUGAUGCUGUGCGUCAUGUCCUACAACGUCUGGAUCUUCCUGGGGGUCAUCGUGGGCUCCCUGAUCGGCUACUUCCUGGCCUUCCCUCUGCUAGCAAAAUACUGAGAGAGGAUGAUGAGGAGAUGGAGAGAGAGAGAGAUAGAGACACUCUUCGUUUCCCUAGAUCGAGCCUUACUAUAGCCUUCUCUCGUUUGUAAGCGCUGUCUUUCAACAAGGAGAGGGAUACUGAUGCACUCAUCCUGUGACAGGCCUCGUUCGACCCGCCAUUGGAAAAUUCGCUGUGUUCAGCUGUGUUAGCCUGGGGCCUCAGGACACUAAGCACUCCACACAAAAUGGAUGGCAGGAGAUUUAGACAAAGGCAGGACUUUGGAGAGCAAACAAAUACGCGGGUGGCAGGCUCCCUGUUGGUCAAGCGAGAGCUUCCCGUCAACGCAUUCAGUCCUGAACUGGAAUGCCGGACUAAGCUGUGUAGAUGUGCUUCAGAGUGUGUGUCGAGAGUGCAGUGUGCUGAACGGGGCUUUGCUUUUGAAAGCAUAGAUAUGCUCGAGUGUGUUUUUCUUGUGUAGCGAUUGUCACUCUUGCUAAUGUAGGACCGGGCGCGACCUAGUUGAGGGGUGAGGUACUGUGCGAUUUCAUUGCUGAGCAAACCUUGUAAUCAUCCGUAAUUGUUGUGCGGAGAGAUGUGUAUAUGCGUGUGUCAACUCUACUUAGGGUUCCAACUACUUCAGGUUGAGAGAUGUGAGAGAACUGAACACAAUUGGACUUUAUGUUCAUUAACAUACUGUAGAUAGAUAUUGCUCUGAGUUGCCCAAUUCAUUGUGUGACCGUACUGAUAUGGUGUUAUAUAUAUUUUUUAAUGGUUUCACCAUUACCGGUUUAUGACGGUAUUUAAAUGGAGGAAAAUUAUUUCUCUUUUCCUUAUUCUACACAUUAGAAUCCGAGGGGCACACGCAUGUGUUUAAUUUUUUAAUUAAACACCUGGUGGCACUUGGAAUGCCGCCAUGUCAUGUGACCCAGAGACGCCCAGCUUCACCUGUGCCUUUUCAGCAAAUUAAAAAUUUCUCAUUUUAUAUCUGUGUGUCCAAUCCAGCACGUACCAUAAAGUGUGCCGUUAAAAAAAUGUUGAAAAAAAAGUGCCAAGUGAUCAGGAAAUUGCAGAUCAUGUGUCUUUCACAUGACCUUUGACAGGUGACACUGAUAACAGUGGAUUAUUGUUGCCCUGAGGUGUCCUACUUGAACUUUUCUGUAUACUUUGUGCCUUUGUGUUUUUAAACAGUUGGUAGAGGGAGACGUUUGUUCUCUUGCAAUGUAAAUUACAUCUCACGUUGGUUAUUAAUAAACUCUUUCACUACAAAAUGGAAAA